AUGCCACCGCUCAGCAACUUCAGCGACAACCCCCUUCACAGCCGCGACGAUCUCAUCCGCGCCGCCCUCGCCCUGGUCCGCCCUCUGCACGCCCACUUCUCCCCCGCACACGCCUUCAUCCGCCUCCCCAUCUCAACAGGCGCCCACUUCGACGAUGGCGCCGCCUUCCUCGAGGGAUUCGCCCGUCCACUCUGGGUCAUCGCGACCCUCCUUCAUGCCUUGCCAUUCACCUCCGACCCCGCCACCAUCGACGCCAUCAAGAAUGUCACCCAGCCGUGGAUCGAGGGCAUCCGCGCCGGCACAGACCCCGCCCAUCCCGAAUACUGGGGCGCCAUCGCCCACGGCGACCAGCGCAUGGUCGAAGCAGAGGUGCUCGCCUGCGCGCUCCUGUUCGCGCCGGACGCCUUCUUUCGCCGCCAGGACGAGGCCACGCAGAACCACAUCGUUGCGUGGCUGCGCGGCCUGCACGGCAAGGACAUGCCGGUGAACAAUUGGCGGUGGUUCCGCGUGUUUGCGAACCUGGCGCUUGUGCUGGUGGCGAACGUCCCAUACGAGGAGGUCCGACCAGAAAUGGAUGCGGAUUUUGCGGUGCUGGAUGGGUUUUAUCUCGGGGGUGGGUGGUCGGGGGAUGGGCCGUGGUUAUCUGCCGAGGGGGAGGAAAGGGAGAGGGAGGAGGGGAUGCGCACGGGGCGAUGGGAUGCGAUCGGCUGUGGACGGCAGGCGGAUUACUACUCGGGGAGCUUUGCGAUUCAGUUUAGCCAGUUGCUUUAUGUCAAGUUUGCGAGCCAUUUGGACCCGGAGCGGGCGGAGAGGUAUCGCGCCCAGGCGAGGGAGUUUGGGGCCAGUUUCUGGCGGUAUUUUGACAAGAACGGAGGCGCCAUCCCCUUUGGACGCUCCCUGACGUAUCGCUUCGCGUGUGGAGCGUUCUUCGCUGCGCUGGCUGUCGCCGACAUCCCUGACAUGCCGGACCCGCUAGCGUCGAUGGGCGCCGUCAAAGGCUUCCUUCUGAGACAUCUACGCUGGUGGGCAGCUCACUCGACCGAUGUGUUUUAUGCCGAUGGGACAAUGAACAUCGGCUACCUGUAUCCCAACAUGUACAUGGCCGAAGACUACAACUCCCCGCAAUCGGUCUACUGGAGCCUCAAAUCCCUCGUCGUGCUCCUCCUACCGGACUCGCAUCCCUUCUGGACCACCCCCGAAGCACCCUAUCCAUCGGCCCAACCCCCAGUGGAGGUGGUGUCGGCGCCGCAGCAGCUCCUCUGCAACCACCCGUCCGGCGGCCACCACUUCCUCCUCAACCCGGCCCAAUUCGUCGCCUGGCCGAUGAAGGCCUCGCCGGCAAAGUACUGCAAGUUCGCGUACUCGUCGGCGUUUGCGUUUAGCGUGCCGACGGGCCCGCUGAUCCAGCAGCUCGCGCCGGACAGCACCCUUGCGUUGAGCCGGGAUGGGUGCGCGACUUGGGCUGUGAAGUGGAAGUGCGCGCCGGUGAGGUUCGGGACUGCGGUCGUACCGGGCCAGAAGGACAGAGUCCCCGUGGCGGAGGUCGAGUGGAGGCCGUGGGUGGAUGGGGAGAUUACGGUCCGGACGACGCUGGUUCCGCCGACGGAUCGGUGGCCGGACUGGCAUGUUCGGAUUCAUCGGAUCCAGGGCAGGAAUUUGGAGCGGUUGUAUGCGGUGGAAGGGGGGUUUGCGAUUGAGCGGGUGCCAAAGGGGAAUGUGCAGACGCCUGGCCGGGAGCGGAUUCUUCCUGCACUCGAGGGGGAGGAUUGGCUGGAUCAGGAUAUCGGGGUCGGUGAAGGGGUGCAUAUGUCGGAGGACAGCGUGCUGAUCCUGUCUGCGGCUGGGGCGAGCGGUCUUCGUGGGGCAGCGACCAUGGCAAGGACGGAGCAUGAGGCGCUGAAGCCCGACUCGAAUACGAAUCUCAUGGCGCAGCGGACGCUGAUUCCUGUCGUGAGACAUGGGCUGUUGGACGGUGACCGUCAGGGGGCGGUCCUAGUGACGGCUGUCUUUGCUGUUGCGAGUCCACAAGACCAGAGUCGGAGGAGUCUCCGGGCGAGAUGGAUGGAUUAUCCACGGGAGGCCAGUAGUAUCCUGCUAGAGUAG